AAACUGAAAGUAAGUGAGCUGAAGAGGAAAGAGGCUAGACCGACAUGUUGAAGGGUGAGAGAUUCCUGAACACCCCUGUGGGGGGUUUCAGCUUUGAGAACUGCAGAAGGAAUGCAGCAUUGGAGAGCGAACUUCGGCAGCUGGGCUACAAACCUCCAACAGCAAAGAAGACAGGGACGACUAUCACUGGCAUCAUCUUCAAGGAUGGGGUGAUCCUGGGAGCUGAUACCCGGGCCACAGACGACAUGGUUGUUGCUGACAAGAACUGCAUUAAGAUUCAUCACAUUGCCCCCAAUAUUUACUGCUGUGGUGCAGGCUGUGCAGCCGAUGCUGAAGUUACGACACAGAUGAUGGCCUCGAACAUCCAGCUGCACACCCUGUCGACAGGCCGCAAGCCCCGUGUGGUCAUCGUUAACCGCAUGCUGAAGCAGAUGCUGUUCAGGUACCAGGGGCACAUUGGUGCGUCAGUGAUUGUCGGUGGUGUGGACUGCACAGGGUCCCACCUGUACGCUGUAUACCCUCAUGGUUCCACGGACAAACUGCCCUUCGUUGCUAUGGGUUCAGGUUCAGCAGCUGCUAUGGCUGUACUGGAAGAUCGAUUCAAGCCAAACAUGGAGGAAGAAGCGGGCAAGCAGCUGGUCCGUGAGGCCAUCACAGCUGGAAUAUUCAGUGACCUUGGUUCUGGGAGCAACGUUGACCUCUGCAUCAUCACUGAGAACAAGACCGAGUUUCUCCGGGCCUUCGACUGCCCCAAUAAGAAAGGUCAAAGGCAAGGAGUGUACCGCUACAAGAAGGGCACCACCACUGUGCUGAAAGAAACAGUCACUCCACUCGCUGUCGAACUGGUGGAGGAGGUGGUGCAGAGAAUGGACACUGAGUAACACCCAGAAGGAGCCCCAACAUCUCUGCAGGAAGACCGAGAUGAACAUUCCCCAUUGGAAACAGUCUGCCAUGUGAUGAAAAGCACAUUGUAUCCUAUUUGACUCUAUCUUACACACUGUAUCCUGUACCCGGUAUGUACCAGUUAGUUUCCAAAAUAAAAGAAACCUCAGGACAAGGAA